AUGGCAGGCUUCGCCUCCAGGUCGGCCUACUGGGCUGACAAGCUCGCUGUCGAAGCAGAACCCGGUCUGACGAGUACGCAGCUCAUGCUGACCAACCAUGAUCUGAAACCGGUAGAGAAGGAACGUCGACAGUGGGGGCCGUGGAACUUUGUAGGCUUCUGGAUCGCCGACUCGUUCAACAUCAAUACGUGGAUGAUAUCGUCGUCCAUGAUCGUCAACGGGUUGUCGUGGUGGCAGUCGUGGCUCUGCGUGUGGGUGGGGUACGCCAUAGCCGGAUGCUUCAUCUGCUCGACGGGGAGGAUAGGCGCGGUGUACCACAUCGGCUUCCCGGUCGUGAACCGGGCGUCGUUCGGCAUCUGGGGGAGCCUCUGGCCCGUCUUCAACCGGGCCGCCAUGGCCUGCAUCUGGUACGGGGUGCAGUCGUACAUCGGCGGCAAGUGCGUGUACCUGAUGAUCCGGUCCGUCUGGAAGGCCUGGGACCGCGACACCAUCGACCCGGGCGGCUUCCAGGGCCAGCCGACGACGACGGCCGAGUACGUGUCCUUCUUCCUGUUCUGGCUGUGCUCGCUGCCGGCCAUCUGGUUCCCCGUGCACAAGAUCCGGCAUCUGUUCACCGUCAAGGCCUUCUUCGUGCCCCUGGCCGCCCUGGCGUACCUGAUCUGGGCCGUGGUCCGGGCCGGCGGCAUCGGCCCCAUCAUCCACCAGCCCAGCACCAAGUCGGGCGGCGCCCUGGGCUGGGCCAUGGUCAACGGCAUCAUGUCGUCCAUCGCCAACUUCGCCACCCUCAUCGUCAACGACCCGGACUUCUCGCGCUUCGCCGGCAAGCCCAGCGACGCCAUGUGGUCUCAGCUCAUCACCAUCCCCGCCGGCUUCGGCGUCACCUCCUUCAUCGGCAUCAUCGUCUCCUCGUCGUCGCAGGUCAUCUACGGAGAGGCCGUCUGGGACCCCCUCGUCCUGCUCGAGCGCUUCAUCGACGACGGCGGCUCCGGGCAGCGCUUCGGCGUCUUCGUCAUCGCCUCGGCCUUCUGCCUCGCCCAGCUAGGCACCAACAUCGCCGCCAACUCCAUCUCCGCCGGCACCGACCUGACCGCCCUGCUGCCCCGAUGGAUCAACAUCCGCCGCGGCGGCUACAUCUGCGCCGCCGUCGGCCUCGCCAUGUGCCCCUACAACCUGCUCAGCGACAGCAACAAGUUCACCACCUACCUCUCCGCCUACAGCGUCUUCCUCAGCUCCAUCGCCGGCGUCAUGAUCUCGGACUACUACUUCGUCCGCAGGGGCUACCUCGACAUCAAGGAGCUCUACGACGCCCGCGCCUCCGGCCCCUACUUCUACACCUGGGGCAUCAACUGGCGCGCCUACGCCGCCUACAUCUCCGGCAUCCUCAUCAACGUCGUCGGCUUCGCCGGCGCCGUCGGCACCAAAGUCCCCAUCGGUGCCACCUACAUCUACAACGUCAACUUCUUCGCCGGCUUCAUCGUCUCCAGCGGCAUGUACUGGGGCCUCUCCAGGCUGUUCCCCGUGCCCGCCGUCAGCCCCCACUGGAUGGAGGUCGGCGACGAGAUCGACGACGUGCCUGUUGCUUACGACUCUGCCCCCAUCGAGGCCGGAUGCAGUAGCAGCAAUGACUUUGACGAGGAGAGGGAGACGGGAAUGCUCCGCAACAAGGCUGCCGAUGAUGCCAAACACUUUUAG